AUGCUCCUCAACGUUAUCUACGAUUGCAAGGAUUUUUGCAGUGUCAAUGUUGACGAACGUGGAACGGUUGAAGAUUUGAAAUGCGCCAUCAUGCAAGCCCAGAAUGUGUCUAUUGAGGAACAAACCCUCACAUUUGGAGGCACGACCCUCGAGAACGAACGCUGCCUAACUGAAUACGGGCUCGCGAGUUGCUGCUCCGUGAAUCUCACACUCCCAAUAACCUUCCAUCCGAAAAUUCAGAUUUACGUGAAAACGCCUUGCAACGAAUGCUUCCCUCUUAUCGUCACUACACAGGAUACUGUUUGCGAAGUCAAACAGCAGUUCUCGUGUUGCUGCCCCGUCAAGUACAACGGACCCGAAUUGGUCUUCGAGUCCUGGCUCAUGGAGGACGAGAAGCAGCUCUGCGGCUACGGCAUCGAGGAGGGGUCGAUGCUGAACCUCGUCGAUCGGCUGCCCCCGGGUGCCGGCAUGCCGCCAAUCAAGGUCUACAUCAAGUCUCCAAGCGAUCAGGUGAACGAAUUUGAAUUCCCUCAGACGAUGACGGUGAGGAUGGUGAAGGAGGCUGUCUCCAAGUGCUUAUGUCUGCGUCCUGGAUCAUUUAAUUUGGUUUAUAAGGGAGCCCCGCUGACUGAGGGCGCCACACUUUAUGAGUCCUGCAUAUGUCAUGGCGCUGUCAUUUGUGUUGUCAAAUGCAGCCGUUGUUAG